CUGUGGGAAAUAAUAUUGUCCGGAAGGGCUUUAACGGUUUUUGGGUGAUUUGAGUUUAGUCGCAGUGUAUUUAGCGCGCCGGUUACAGCCGCACUACUACACCGGCGGCACGCGUCAUGCACUCCUUGGUCGUCACUUCUCGUAAACUCGACCGCCAACAGUGACAUGGUGAUGGGUGAGGGUGACGGAGAUAUGGAAGGCGGAGGUGGUGGGAACGAUGAAUGUGUGGAGGACGGCGAUGAAGAGUUAGUAGCAAUGAUGGGUCCAUCUACAACGUUUUGUAGUUCUAACAAGUGCAAGAAAAUUAGGAGACCAUUGCCACCUCGGGAGACGUGGAAGAAGAAAAUUGAAUUCUUACUGGCGGUAGUCGGUUUUGCUGUCGAUUUGGGCAAUGUGUGGAGAUUUCCUUACAUCUGUUAUCAAAACGGCGGAGGUGCGUUUCUUAUACCGUACGUGGUGAUGUUGGUAUUUGGUGGAUUGCCUUUGUUUUACAUGGAAUUGGCACUAGGACAGUUCCAUCGAUGUGGAUGUCUCACAGUGUGGAAGAAAAUUUGCCCGGCUCUAAAAGGUGUUGGAUAUGCGAUAUGCCUAAUCGAUAUGUAUAUGGGCAUGUAUUAUAAUACAGUGAUCAGUUGGGCGCUAUAUUAUCUGUUUUCGUCGAUGAGAUCCGAACUGCCCUGGACCAAUUGCGACAACCCGUGGAACACGCUGAACUGCACACCGGUGACUAAUAUAUCGGGAUUUACAAACCUAUCGACGAGUCCAGCUAAAGAAUUUUUCGAGAGGAGCGUUUUGGAACAACACAGAGCUGAUGGGUUGGAUAGAAUUGGACCGAUAAAAUGGUCUUUGGCAUUGUGCUUGUUGGCCGUAUUUCUAUUGGUGUAUUUCUCUCUGUGGAAAGGAGUAAGGAGCACUGGCAUGGCGGUUUGGGUCACGUCUCUUGCACCGUACGUAGUAUUGUUCAUGUUACUGUUUCAAGGAAUCUCGUUACCGGGUGCCGGCGAGGGAAUACGAUAUUAUCUGACACCGCAGUGGCACAAGCUCGUUAACACAAAGGUAUGGAUAGACGCGGCGUCUCAAGUGUUCUUCUCGCUGGGUCCAGGUUUCGGUACUCUCCUCGCUCUGUCCAGCUACAACAAGUUCAACAACAACUGUUACUGGGAUGCCAUACUCACCAGUUCAAUUAACUUUUUUACCAGUUUCCUUGCCGGGUUCGUAAUAUUCACCAUGCUCGGCUAUAUGGCGCACGUACAAAACAAGAGUAUAGCUGAAGUGGGAACCGACGGACCGGGUUUGGUAUUUAUCGUAUAUCCAGAAGCGAUCGCUAUGAUGACUGGUUCAGUUAUGUGGGCCUUGAUAUUCUUUUUGUUACUCAUCACGUUGGGUUUGGACAGUACAUUCGGUGGUUUGGAAGCAAUUAUAACUGGUCUCUGUGAUGAAUAUCCAAAUGUAUUAAAGCGGCACAGAGAAUUGUUUGUGGCUGGUUUAGUAGCAGUGAUUUAUAUACUAUCAUUACCAACUACUACAUACGGCGGAGUUUAUUUAAUCACAUUGCUGAACGUAUUUGGACCAGGAAUUGCUAUACUAUUCGUUGUAUUUGUCGAGGCAGCAGCGGUCUGUUGGGUGUAUGGAGUGGACCGGUUCGCAAACGAUAUCGAAAUGAUGAUAGGACACAGACCAGGUCUAUUCUGGAGAUUGUGUUGGUGCUACAUAAGCCCUGCGUUCUUAUUGUUAAUUUUUGUGUUCUCAAUAUUGGGAUACAAAGAUAUGAUGGCUGGAGGUACAUAUGUUUACCCGGAUUGGAGUAUUAAUAUGGGAUGGUUGAUGACUGCUUCUUCAAUCAGUUGCAUACCUGCUUACUUUAUUUACAAAGUGUACAAGACACCGGGUCCAUUCAUGCAGAGAAUUAGAUUGAUCAUGAAACCGGAAGAUCCGGAACCGGACGACCGGGGCAUCGUGGCAAUUGCGUCGUCCGUGCACGGAAGUGGCAGUGGCGGGGGCGGCGGCGGUACGCACGUCUGAUUGGAAUGGCUCGUUUGACCCGGCCGACC